GCGCGCCUCUCGUCGCAGUUUCGUCGUGUUUUGUCGCGUUGUGUGUCGCGUCUGGUUGCGUCGCACAUAUUUCAAAUCGUGCCGAUUCGUCUUUUUGGAGUGGAGAUAAUCGCCGGACUCGACGGACGACUGUUGCGUUUUCUUUUCGCACAUUUUGUACCACUAAUCUAAUUAAUCUAAUUCGGUCUAAUUAAUCUAAUUGGUCUAAUUUGAUGCAUCACGGUGAUCGAUAACAACUUCGUCGUCGCCCGCAUUAGCCCUUUACGUCGACGCGAACCUUCUUCAGGAAGAGAACGCAGCGGAAUGAGGAUACAACAGGGCGAAUAAGCUCGGCAUAAUGACGGUGUGAUUGCGAGAAUGUUGCUUGAAAGUUGACAUUUUUUUCUCGUUUAACGUGAUGAUCCAGGGGUUAAAAAUACGUGCAAUUUGCUGUUCAAUUCUUUGGUAAUCCCGUAGUGGCGAAAGCAUGGCAGCGGCACAAGGCACACCGGAGUCGGAUACCGGAAGCUUCGAGUGCUUCAGGAAUUAUACGGCGCCGGAAGUGUUCGUGCAAGGCCUAGCUGGCAUCGUUGAUCAGCAAGAUGUGGAGUCUAUGAUUCGUGCUCAGAAACAGAUGUUACAGAGAUUUGAAAAAACCAAUGAGAUGUUGACAAAUUGCAAUCAAUUGUCAGUAAACAGACUCAAGACAGCUGGUACAGAAUUCAAAAAGCACACUGCUCUUUUAAUCGAGAUGAAGAGAGACCUGGAUUAUAUUUUUAAGAAGAUUCGCUUGAUAAAAAAUAAACUGAGUCAACAGUAUCCACAGGCAUUCAAUGAGGCGGUAAGAAGCAGCUUGGCGGAGGAAGUGAUCGUGGAGGAUGUCGAUUGCCCAGUGAAACCCCUCGAACCGGAAGUCGUGCCGCUGCCAUCCGCCCCGGCUCAUGGUAUUACCGAACAAGAUCCCGAUUCAGAUGUGCCGGUCGAGGAGUUUCAGUUCGCGAAGCUGCGCAAACGGCGAAUAAAGAGUAACGACAGCUCGUCGACGGAGAGCAACAACGAUCAAAGUAACGCCGACACAUCGUCCUGCACGUCCGACACCGGUUAAAAGAAAGCCGGGCAAUAAUGAGGGAAAGAGAGGGAAAAGAAUGAGAGAAAUCUUUAUCAUAAUAAUAUUCCAAGUUGGACUAAUGCACCGGCCAUUUCGAAGGUUACUUGAGACAAGCUGCUUGUACAAGCUAAUCAUUCGAUUGAAAUCAAUCAAUUGGCAUUAAGGUCGCGGGAUCUCGAGAUCGAGGUAGAGAGCGUCUAGAUGCCGCCGAUGCCGCACACAGCAUAUCUCGAUGUCAUUGUGUGAUCUGCGAGCUUGUGAAUACUGUCAAUGUUGAGCAAAAUAAAUUCUUUGUACAUGGUA